CACCUGAGCAACACAGGUACAUACUAAGGUCUCGAGUGCAUUCUUCGUUUGUGAUGUUGGUGAGAGGCAGUAGUGUGUUGGAGGUGGUGUUGGUGCUGGUGGUGGUGAAGACAGGGCACUCAGGACACUCCAGGCUCGCCCGCCAGGCGUCCAAAUGCCAUGCGGAUGAACCGUGUGAGCUCCUAAACACCUGCCAGUUCUACCAGGACCUCCUCAGUAAUUCUCCCUCGGCAGCAGACAUCGCUAAGAUGCGCGAGAAUAUAUGUGACAACACCCGACGCAGAACCAAGGUGUGUUGCCCCAAAGCCACCCCAACAAAGCCAACUCCGCCCACGCCUACGCCCACGCCCAGAACUGUCUCCCCAGCUGGACCCACGCCCACUGUGGACCCCGCGGUAGGAGAGGCGCUCCUGCCGACGAACUGCGGUAGAACGAGGACCAGCACCAAGAUCUUUUUCGGGGAAAACGCUGUCCUGGGAGAGUACCCCUGGAUGGCCAAUUUGGGUUACGGAAAUCGUCAGAACCCCACCUGGGGUUGUGGAGGUGCUCUUAUCACCGACCAAUAUGUGUUGUCAGCCGGACACUGUCUGGAUUCAGACUUCACCGGGGGCCAAAGUGUAGUGCUGAUAAGGCUGGGAGAACACAACUUGGCCACCGUCAAGGACUGCGAGAGCAACAGCGUCACCAGCGGCCAGCUCUGCGCCGAGCCAGUGCAGGACUUUGCUCCGGCUGCCUUGUACAAGAACCACAACUUCAACACUCGCCUCUUCUCCAGCGACGACAUCUCGCUCAUCAAGCUGGAGAAAAAGGCCACCCUCAACUUAUUUGUUCAGCCUAUCUGCCUGCCUGCCGCUGGGUUUGACGUGAAGGCCUUCCUCGGCACCAAGAAUGCUACGGUGGCAGGCUGGGGACGCACCCAGGUCAGCCAGAGCUCAGACCUCCUGCAGAAGGUCAACCUUCCUCUCUUCGACUACGAUAAGUGCAAGACUCUAUACAGCAGCUCCAUCACAGCUGAAGAGCUCUCACUCAUCAUGCUUCAAGAUAAACUCACCAUCAUGCUUACCCAUAUCCCUCACCCACAUGCCUCACACAUCAUGCCUCACCCAUCAUGCUUCACCCAUCAUGCAUCACCCAUCAUGCUACCCUCAUGCCAUACUCAUCAUGCUCACCAUCAUAGCUCACCCAUCAUGCUUCACCCAUACAUGCCUCACCCAUCAUGCUCACCAUCAUGCCUCACCCAUCAUGCUUCACCAUCAUGCUUCACCCAUCAUGCCUCACCAAUCAUGCUUCACCCAUCAUGCUUCACCCAUCAUGCCUCACCCAUCAUGCUUCACUCCAUCAUGGCUCACCCAUCAAUGCCUCACCCAAUCAGCUCACCCUCAUCCUCACCCAUACUCACCCAUGCUCACCCAUCAUCUUCACCCAUCAUGCCUCACACAUCGACACCCAUCAUGCUUCAUCCCAUCAUGCUCACCUUCAUGCUCACCAUCAUGCCCUUCACCAUCAUGCCUCACCCAUCAUGCUCGCCAUCAUGCCUCACCCAUCAAGCUUUACCACAUCCUCACCAUCAUGCCUCACCCAUCAUGCCCUUUACCCAUCAUGCCUCAUCCAUCAUGCCUCACCAUCAUGCUUUACCCAUUUUAUGCCUCACCAUCAUGCCUUUACCCAUCAUGCCUCACCAUCAUGCUUCACCCAUCAUGCCACCCUCAUGCUCACCCUCAUGCCUCACCCUCAUGCCUCACCAUAUGCUCACCAUCCUGCCUCACCUUUUGGCUUCACCCAUCAUUUCCUCACCAUCAUGCUUCACCCAUCAGCUCACCCAUCAUGCUUCACCCUCAUGCUCAACCCAUCAUGUUUCACCCAUUGGCUUUACCAUCAUCCUCACCACAUCUUCAACCCCUCAUGCUCACCAUCAUGCCUCACCCAUGGUUCUUUGUUGCAAGGGACUCUGUAAUACAAGUUUGGGCGUCAAUGUUCAUAGUCUAGAAAGUGAACGCGCGUUCUCUUUCCAAUUUAUUUCUCCUGUUGUGUUUAAUUGUUGGCUGGUCCGUCAGAUCGGUGUUGUGUCGCGAGGGAAGGCUCAGUGCGGCACCGUGGGUACACCCGCCAUCUACACCAACGUCGCCUCCUACAGGAGCUGGAUCCUGCAGAACCUUCACCCAUAAGUUCUUCCCAGAGGCCGCCGCUACACGGACGUUCUUCUUGGUACUGGCCGGAACCUCGGGACGCCAGGAUCUCUCACAGUAUCGACCAUAUCUUAGCAAUGAGAUCUCUUUUUUUUUAUAUAAUGACAUGGCUGAGGUUACAAUGGUGAUAUUAUCCAACGCGUGGCCAUGGCAACAUUGAAAGGAAGAGCCAUGGGCCUAUCAGCUUGAGAGUGGAGACGUUAUUUUUAAGAGCUAAACUAAGAUAUCAUUACUAAGAUACUGCAUUGUUGAUAUUCUUUAUGUGAAAGUGUUAAACCCGUGUUUUAUUUUAUUUACCCAGUGCUUCAAUACACAUUUUUCCUAACAUUAUUAAAUUUAAACUAUCAUUGUCAACCUGCUCCAUUCGUCAUCACUUUACUCUCAUGUUGUAUAAUUGCCACAAAGUAAGGAAAACUGUUCAAAUUGUUUCUUUCACAUUUCGCAAUCCGUAUCCAUAAUUAUUUCCGUGAUGUCGACUGUAACAGAAAAGUUAGACGAAAGGGACAAUAUCCUCACCAUUAAUGCAGAAAGAUAUUCUGGGUAGUUAGUUAUCCAAAUACCGUGUGGAAAGAAUGGUGCCCUUCCCCCUAGUCACACAUCACUCGAACCACACCAGCGUGUUAAAUUAAGGUGACCCCUUUUUUUGUAUUAGCUACACUGGAUACAUCAGCGGUAUGUUAUUACACUAUUCUGAAUAAAAGUUAUACAGUGGGAAACAAAGCUAGCUGUACACAAAUAACCUGCACAUAAAAGAGAGAAGCUUACGACGACGUUUCGGUCCGACUUGGACGAUGGGGAUGUCCGGGUGUUGUGCAUGUGUCUUAAUUUCAUCUUGUCGGUAUUAUAUACAAUUCUUGUACUACUACUACUACUACCUCCACCUCUUCCUGCCUAUAUAUAGCCGUCCUGCUCCACCUCUGGUUAGUGUGACUUUGUCAAUGGUCCAAGUCGGACCGAAACGUCGUCGUAAGCUUCUCUCUUUUAUGUGCGGGUUAUUUGUGUAUCGUUCCAGUCACGGUAUUGUGCCUUUUUGUUAUUUAAAGCUAGCUGUGUUUCCCUGUCAUAUUCCAUCACGUAGGUUGGGGGCUCAUACAAGGUGUUGGAAUGUGUCAGCCUGAGCUGGGAGACUUCAGUCGGAACCCCAGCGUCUGGAUGGGAAAUUAAAGAGUCCAUCUGGAUCAUUAAGUGUAAUCCUGGAUCCUUCAUCUGAUAAUCGCCAGAGACUACUUGCACUUUAAGUGUGUGAAAAGUUAAAAACUUUACGUAUGCAGUUUGCAAAGCUCUGUUCCUCAUAGGUUUAAAUUUGUGUAUAAUGUGCUUGAUAAUGUGUGCAGGAGAUACAAGUGUAUAGCAUGUAAUAAAGAUCUAGGAAUAUUGUAUUUAUCUAAAACCAGUUACGUGAAUUAAAAUAAAUGUAUUUACUGAGCUGAGUUGUCCAGAACUGAACAUUAGAUCUCACAUUGGUAUUAACACAGGUGUUACUGACGUACAAUGACCCUGCUAUUAACACAUGUGUCACUGACGUACAAUGACCCUGCUAUUAACACAUGUGUCACUGACGUACAAUGACACUGGCAUUAACACAGGUGUCACUGACAUACAAUGACCAUGGUAUUAUCACAGGUGUCACUGACGUACAAUGGUAUUAUCACAGGUGUCACUGACGUACAAUGGUAUUAUCACAGGUGUCACUGACAUACAAUGACACUGGUAUUAACACAUGUCGCUGACGUACAAUGACCCUGGCAUUAACACAGGUGUCACUGAUGUACAACCACCCUG